AGUUCCCUGCCGCGCCGCUCCAGCCGCCGCCCUUUUGCUUUCGCUUCUCGCUGGCUCGGCAGCGCGGCCAUGGAGAACGGCGGCGUCUACAACGAGACCACCGAGCCGCGGGCCAAGCCGCCCCUUCGCCGCCGCUGCGGCUGCACCCUGCGGCACCUGCGGGGCUGGCGGCUGGUGCACAAAGCCCUCCAGCCGGUCCUCUCUUUUCUGGCUGUUAUUUUUGAAGAAAUUGUGGAGGAUUGUAUCAACUGUCAUGGGCUGUACUUCUUUGAAUUUGUAAGCUGCAGUGCUUUUCUUUUGAGCCUCCUGAUCCUGUGUGUGUAUUGCACUAUUGCAUAUGAAACGUUUGGGAAAGAUAAAGUAAACAAAAUGAAUUUUUGGACCAUGCUAAUUAUAGGUGCCUUCUUUCUAAUAGCUUCAAUAGUGCUUGCUGCAACCAGCUCUGGGUCUGCUUUUGAAAAAGCUGCUUGUGUGUUUGGAUUUUUUGCAAGUGGGGCAUUUUUAGCUGAAUUUAUAUGGGAACUUUGGUGCAGUCGGAAACAAAGCACUGAAGAACGCUCUGAAAAUCCAGGCCACACUCAAGGUGCCACAGAAGAUCAGCCACUGAAUAAGCCAAGCUAAACUUUCUGAAAUUAGUUCUUUUUUUUUUUUGAGUGGAGCAAGCUAAAACAAAGUUUCAAUGCUCUGUAGGUAAUAACUUCUGUCCCUUCCUUCUAAUCAGUUUUAUUUGUCACAAAAAUUUAAAGAUCUGCAGGCAAGUAGUGAUAUCUUGAGCAUUGUGGUUUAUUUAAUUUUCUAAGCAAUUGGUCCUGCCACCUAUUUAGGUGGCAUACAUUAAAAAAAAAAAAAGUGUAAAUAGAAUAACUGAAGGACAGUAGUGUGCUGAAUUGAUUUUGGUAGAAGUGACUAAUAAAGGGAAAUAUGUGAUGCAGAAGUUCUUAGUUAUGCUCUGAAGACAUUUCCUAUAUAACUUGGACCAGAUACUUCUCUUACAAGUUCCAAAUUAGAAGAGCAGAAUUCAUUCUUAUUGGUCGAACAGUGAAAUGUAAGAGACAUCUAACUGCAGCCUUACAAAAAUGCUUAUCCGUAUGUAAGAGUGUGGGAUUUUGUUUUUACUAUUCAAUCUCUUUCUUCAGUUCUGCCUGUGAGAUCAUUUUAAUGAAAGCAAGGAGUUUUUAUACAGGGGGUAAUGUAGUUGUUUAUUAAGGAGAGAGCUUUGCACAUCGUGUUCAUCGGUGUUCACACUUGGAUGACAGAAUGUUUUUUCAGAUUGUUUCAAAACCAAGAAAAUUUGCAGGAAUAAAGAAAAGCUGGCUGUGAGAGGAAAAAUUGAAGAAUAAGUAUUUUCACAAAGUAACCUUAAAUUAGCAAUUUGAACAUCAAUGGGAAAAACAUUACUUCACACUGGUACUAUCCAGGUGAAUAUGAUUUGCAAGGUUAAUCGCAUACACACCUUGUCUAUGCACAGUUAAUGGUAGCUUUACUGGAACUGUUGUGGACCAUGUCAUUUUCUUUGCUCUAGUGCACUAUGGACUGGCUGGCUCAGCUGGUGAGCAGGUAAAUAAGUACUUGUACCCUAAAGCAACAGGCCAUAGGACUGCAAGAAACACUGCUGAUGCAGCAUGUAUCAGACCAGUGAUGGACAUAUCAGGCUAGAUGCUGAUGGCUAUAAAUAAAAUGGAAAAAAGGCAUUUUUUUAGAUGUCUGAGGUAGAAGCAAAAUUGCUAGACAUGUAAAGGGAUGCCCUCAAAAAUAGGGCAACAUGCCAUAAGCCAAGAGAUGUUCCAAAAAUACCAGAGCACGUGAGAAAAAAAAGGCUGAUUACGCAAAAACAGUUGUUUUUGAGUUCUCAUGACAUCUGUAAUGUCUUCCAGGCAUUAACACCAUUUAUCAAUAUUCUUGUCUGACAAGUUUAUAGUCCUGUAACCUGCUGUGGCAGUGCUGAGACUAAGCCCUCCAGAAAUUGUGUAUGAGAGCUGUAUUUGGAAAGGGAUGAGGAAGCCAGUGUAAGAGAAAGCAGUGUAAAAGGUCAACUUUUUUUUCCUGGUACUGUUACUUUCAGAUGAACAUGAGUUUGUGAUGUUCUCUCCCUAACCUCUGUGCCUUAACUUUAACACUACACUUUGCUUGGGGAAUGUAACAUUUUGACAGCUGGUGUGAAGCACCAAGUUUAAGCUGUGUGUUGGUUUCAGAGCCAUGCGUAAAAUACAUAUUUCUUUGUAUGGAAUUUCUUGCCUUGAAGAUGAAAUGUUAUUUGGACUGUCAUUUAUUUUCUUGUAUUUAUUAGAAUCCAUUUGCACUAACCUGAUCUCAGUGUAGGUGUACAGAGCUUAUUGUAGCUGUGUCUGAAAACCGGGUAGAUUAGAGAUGUGUUUGUUUACAAUAGGCAAUAGGAAACUGGUCAUAGGGAGAAAUAUCUCUGCUGCAAUUCGCAGUGUCUGACUUUGGCGUAUAUGUUCACAAUGGUGAUUAGCAUUUUAGGUUGGUGUGAGUUUUUUGUGUGCUUGUAUUUGUUUCUUUUUUAGUUUAUUGCCCAAGAUUCUUAUGAAUUUUUUCAACAUUGAGAUUUCUGUUGUUUCUUAAUCUUGAUGCUAUAGAGUGUAAAAUUAACAAGGUGCUGCUGAUAUUAUUUAACAAUGCAGGACCAUGACAAAAUUUUCUCUUGGAAUAAUCUUUCCUUUUUUUUUUUUCUUUUUUUUUUU